GUAGUGUAGCGCUAGCCAAGUAGCCAACUGUGACUGCACCAGCACGCUGGAUUAAAAUCACUAUAGGCCUAGGGCCUACUUACGUACGAGCUUGUGUCCAUCUCAUCAUGCCAGCAAGUCUUACCACCAGGCUUUUGCUCAAGUCUAGCAGUGGCAUCGCCUGCAAGAGAAUCCUGAGUGGUCCCCUAGUUAUUCCGGGACAGAAAUGGAUCCUCGCCCGGGGAUAUCGUCCGGAGAAGAAGAAGCAGAUUCGAGAGAGGGGCAAAGAGCGCAGGAAGACGACCGCUAGGAAGGUUUACGAGAUGUUAGAUCUACCUAGCCCCUACAAGAUACCAGAAAAGGAAAUGAUUGCUGACUACCAUCCUCGGUAUAUGAACCGAGUGGAAAUGAACGUGAACAACCCUCAUUAUCACGAAGAAAAGACUUAUAUCUUCAAUCAUCGAUGUCGUCUUGAAGAGGGCAUAAAGCAGGCCUUGUGGCUGACCAAGAGCAAACUCAUGGGGGAGGGACAGCUGCCAGAACGGAUACAGGAGCUAGCAGCUCGUCUGGAGUUUCCUGAUAUGGAGGAAAGAGUCUUAAGAUCGAUUAGGAAAUGCCGUCAGUACGACAUGCAAAGUAAACUCAUCCCUGUUGAGAGAUUUAGUUACACACAGAACAUGGAUUUUAUCCAUCUUUGUCAGCUGAUGUGUGGCCAGUAUCCAGAGUUAUUACAAAGAGCUCAGACAGAUGGUUGUUAUGUAGCUGCAGCCUGGCAUAGAGGUAAUGAGCAGAUUCAGGUUCGUGGUCGGUCUGGUCUACUAGUCUCCUCUGCCAGACCCUUAGAUAGGUUAGCGAGUCCAGAGGAGGUAGCCGAGACUGCCUCUCACACCCUACCAGACUUCUAUCCUCUAGCUCCAACAAUUGAUCUCUUGACUCGUAACAUCUAUAAGGACAAUCACAAUUUCACAGGUGAGAUCUUAUAGGGCAUCAGCCUUAUGUCGCAGUCACAUUUCCCCUACGGCGGCCGUACGGCUAGUUGAAAACAGCUGUUCAUUUUCUGUACAAGCUACACAUUGGUGAUUUUAAUAUAAAUGACUAAAACAGCUAUUUUUGACUCUCCGUAUGGCCGCUGUAGGGGAUAAUGUGUCUGCAGCAUAAAUAGUCCCACCUCAAGUCAUCAAUUACACAUAUCUGGCCAACUUCAUUACCCAUAAUGCAAUAUUUUCAGUCGUGAAGUCUUGUAAUACUGGCCCACUUGCAUGAUAACUUACUAAAAUCACUACGCAGUACAUUCAUAUCACAAUUAUUUCAUUUCAUUUAUUGUUUUUUGCAACAUUUUUCAUAACAAAAAUCUGGACAAGAAAAUGUGUAUCUAAAAUUUGAGAUCAAGAUAAUGAACAAAUGAUUUUGUACAUAAAUCAUCAAACAAAUCAUACAUGAAUUUUAAAAUUUAAGUGGUAUUUUCUGUUACACAAUAUAUAAGAUGGUUGCAAGGUUCCUCACAAAAGCAAAGCUUGAAAGCGUGACAGGCCUAUAUUAUGAUAGCAAUAAAAAACAUUAGUUUCUCUACAGAAAUAAGAUUAUAGGCAAAUUCAUUCUAUGUUUUACUUAUUUGAAUAUCAAAAGGCAUAGCUUUUGACACACAGUCAAUGGGACUCUACUCACUGUGUUGGUCAGUUGGUUUAUUUCCAAUUGGUCUAAUGCCAAUUUGUACAAUUACCAUCUCGUCUACUAUCAUUUGGUCUAUCAUCAAUUUGUCCACAUGGUCUAAUUACCAUUUCGCCCACUCACCAUUUUGUCUAUUAACCAGUUGGUCCUAUAGCCAUUCAAUCCAUAUACCAUUUGGUCUAAUUGGACUUAGUGUUACCUGGGCGAAAUGAAUGAAAAUAAAAUGGGAAUUAGACCAACUGGUUAUGAGAAGAACUGGUGAUUAGACGAAGUGAUGAUUGGACCAAAUGAUAGUAGACGAAUGGGCAAAUUACUGAUCAAUUCACUUAUCCAUCAAAGGUCUUUAAAGGCGACCGCACACCUUACGAUUGGUCUACAACCCGAUUUCAGAAUAAAAUGUAGUAGAGUUUGAUGGUAAUAUUGAGACUUGGAAUAUCUUACUGUGUAAUGUUCUAAAUCAUCGUAGAAUACCUAUGUUCACUAUGCUAUCAUCCUUCUUAGAAUAAGAACGAAUUUAAUAUCUAGUCGUAAUGGCGUCAUAGCAAUCGUACGAUUGGCUACGAUUUGAAACUAUUUUGGCCUUUACUCCAAAGUAAAGGCUUGUAAUCUUUCAAAAUGAUUAUAUUAGAAUUCUUUCAAUUAAUUUUAACCUCAAAUAAAAUGAUAUGUUCCAUUCACACUUUCAGAAAAUGAGCAAAAUGCGAUUUGUUCCAAAAUUGGAUCACGAACAGUCGUAAGGUGUGCGGUGGCCUUAAGACUUCAGGAGGAUCUCUGUGGACCACCCCCCCAAAAAAGUACUUUAUAAAUAAAUAUUCAGCCAUUGACGUCGUUUCAGGGUUACUAUCUGUAUGUUUAAUGUGUAGAUUUAUAUCUGCAUGUUUACUUGUUUGUGAAGAGAUUGAGUUAUUUUACUUAUUAUCCCCCACCCCACUUUUUUGUGUACACAUUUAUUCAAAUGAUUUUGUUGGAAUUUUAGCAAAAUUUGAGUCCGUAUAUUUUCUGGUCAAUUGAAUCCAAAGUGUUGAGUAUCUUGACUCGGCAUUUUCACCUUGUCAGGAAAAUUGAUCUUUGGAAAAGAAAACUCUCCUGAUCCAUGAUAUGUUACCAUGACAACACUGCCUCAUGUUGUUUUGGUUUACAUGGAUUGAGAAACAUUUGUACCAAGUGAUCCCCAAGUUUUUGUUUUGUGUGUGUGUGUGUGUGUGGGGGGAUCGUCCCCUGCCUCCCUCCCCCAUCUGCUGCGUAUGUACACUUCGACAGUGGUGUACAUGCUACCUGCAUGUAAUUGUUCUAGCUCAUAUUUCAUACUAUACAUACAGAGAUGCCAACCUCCAAAAAGCAAAAACAGUAUUCUGAGAGGAAAAGAACAGUAUUUUGAUUUAAAAAAAAGUAUUUUGUAAAAUAUAACGAAGAGAAACGACCAAGCCGGGGAGAGGGGGUGUCCCUCUCCCACAGUAAGGAGAUUUUUCAACUUUGGGGUUCAGAAUCCUGCAUGGUGCAUUCUCUGGUAAGAUGAUUCCAUUUCUAACAAAACACAUAAAUCAAACCAGAAAAAAAAAUGAAACCAGCACAAGCGAAUAAGAUUUAUAUGUCUUAAAAAGAUGCAAUAAAAACAAAUAUCUAACCAUAGAACCUUACAGCAGGCACUGUCGAAUGUAAAGUGUAGAAAAAUGGUCAGGAUUUAUCAAUCAUACCACACACUGCUUUUAACAGACUAAACACAUGUAGGCUUACAGUGGAGUUCCAGUUCAUGCACAAUGAUUGAUAUACAUGUGCUGUACUUCUCACUUCCAUACUGCUUUUAAUAUCAGACAAAAUUCAGAUGAGUUCCAAUCAAAGUUCUCCAGUCACUGAUUAAAAAAAGACAGCUAAAUUCUUUACAGAAGUCUCUGAGUCACAUUGAAUACAUCUAGGUAAAUUGUUAGAAUAGCAGAGAGCAUUGUAGUUUAAAAAGUGAACAUGAUGAUUCUUUUGUUGUAAGUUAUUUAUUGAAGCUGGUUGCUGCCUUCUUACAUGCCUCCAGAGUAGCAUCAGAAAAACUGGUUUGGAAGCAAGCCCUAUUCAUGGAAGCUUUCUGCGUUAGUACAUCCGAUAAGGUUGCAGGAGACAAGUUUGGUCGGAAAUCAGUUGCAUUUCUUCUCACAAGGCUAAAAAGCCUUUUGUCUGAAGCAUUGCUGUGGGCGAUAGAGAGCACCAGGAGCAUGACUUUUGGGAGGUACACAUAUUUCUGAUUCAGAGAGGUAUCGUUCAUAUCGGAAAUGAGAAGCCAUAUUGUGUCAGCUCUUUCCUCCAAAGGGAUGCCAGGAAGAGGAUCUGUUUGGAAGUUGCCAUACUCCAAUUCAAGUUCAUCCAGCUUAUCUUGCAUGUACCCAAACCUUCUCACAAAGUAAGAUACGCUAUAGCAAAGCUUGUCUCCAUCCUCAUCCUUGGAUUUGCAACACGGGCAUGCUGUAUGACUUCACCCUCAAAAGGGAACUUGGCCAGAACAUAAUUGCACACAGACAGAAAGUACUUUCGGACUGCUGCAAAGAACUCUGUCUUUUCAUCCUGGGUGAGCUUCCCCGAGGCAAGAGAUUCUCGGACUGCAUUUCUUAGAAUCCAGUCUUCAUUGCUUUUCUGAUUCAUUUCAGAUUUGUAGUCUACCAAGCUGAUUUUAGACGCACCAGCUAUGACAGUAGGCUUGACAAAGCGAACUAACAGAUUAUGGAGAAGGCGUUGUAGUUUGUCAUACAGUAGAUGUAUUUUUGGAGUUUCCUCUUGAAGCUCCAAAUUCAGAUGAUUGUACAUUGGGAUGACAUUUUGGAUGAACAAGCAGUACAACUUAUUCCUAUCCUGAAACUUGCUGAAGAUUCCACCAGCCUUGUUUGCGCUCUGUUGAGAUGACCCAGCAACAGUUCUGCCUUGUGUUGAAGACUUGGUACUCUUGGGUGUCACCCCAUUCUUGCUGAAGGUGUGACUAUGUGACCUUGAACCGGCAAACAACUUUACAGUACCCUGUGAUGUACUCUUGUUGACCACUCAAUGAUGAAUCUUUACCCAAACUUGCAGGAGGAUUCUUACUAGAAGCCAGAUUCACUUUGGUUGUAGACUUGGUUGUAGACUUUGCAGUGGUUGUAGUGCUUACUUUGACCUAAAAAAGGAGUGGGAAAAUGAACAUUUGUGAUUUCUUUUAACUAUUUCAUGGCAAUUUGUUUCCAUUUUAAAUAUUUCAAUGAAUGGACUUAUUCCUUAUAAAAUUCAAUAUUCACUCAGUUAUUCAAUGCUGGGUUCUUUUCUUCUUUGCUUCGGUCAUGGUAUUAGAAACACCAGUGGAAAACGUCAUAACUAAAGAGUACAGGGCCUACAGGGUGCAUUGGUUGUUGAAUUAUAUUUGAUUUCUAACCAAGAUUUACAGUUUAUGAUGAUUUACAUUAUACAUGAAAAGUUAUAAAAGAACAAAUAUCCACUAAGACUAAAAGAGCAAUGAAUGGCUUAAAAAGCAUCAAUCAUGGACUGAUUACAUGUAUUAGCAGAAACAAAAUUAAAUGGAUCAUUCAGAUGCAAAUGAAGUACUCACUGAAGUAUGUGGUUUCUUGAAGGACUUCAUAGCACUGCUCAGAGUGAGUGAAGAUGAAGAGGCCAGAAUAGGAUGCUUGAUAAUACUCCAGUUCUUGGUUGGAUUGGCAGAACUGUUCGUGGUCAUCUUUUUUAUAAAAAUAGACAAAGUGAAGAAAAAGAUCAGGUAAAAUUUAACAACCUUUUCUCAUUGAGUAACAAAUCACACUUAGAUUUAUUUCUGAGGAAAUAAAUCAGUAUUUAAUCAUCAAAUUGGAAACAUUAAUUUCUUUAUUUUUAUGGCAAUUUGGUGAAACUUGAUGUUUUGUGUAGACAAUAUAAACAUUUGGCAAUCCUUUCCAAUCGAUAAAGUUGCCAAUUUGCUCCUAGAAUAGUGAUCUUCAAUCUUUGUAUAUGUUGCCAAUUUAAGAAUUUGCAGAUUAUUUUGCCUAUAAUUUUCUAUUAGUCAUUGCACCUUUAAACUGACAAAUGAGGGGUUCUUUUUUUAAGUAAUUGUUUCUUUGGUAAAUUCUUUAGAAUUUUUUUUUUUAGUCAAUCAAGAAUGAUUGUACAUCGGUCCACAUUUUGAUAUGGUCUGGUACUGAAUGGGCUAAAGCAGUACAUGUUACUAAAUGUUUGACAUGGUAUAAUGGUAUAAUUAAUUUUAAAUUGAGUACAUCAUGGUCUGAAGUUGUCAGGUUUUACUCAUUAUUUUUUUCAAACUUACGGAAGAUGCACAUUUCUUGAUUGCACAAGGGUUAGUACAAGCCAAUGUCUUGGCGGAUGACUUGGCAGAUGACUUGGCAGAUGACUUGGCAGAUGUUUGAGUUGAGCCUAUAACAGAACCAUCUUUAGAGAGAUCUGGACCAUCGUGGCUGACUUUUUGCUUCUUUGACUGGGGAGGGACUGAUGAUUCCUUACAUUUUCUCUUUCCAGAUUCGGCUUUAGAUUGGAAGUAUAGCUGAAGUGGGGUCCAUUGCUCCAGCAGUCUGUUCAAUGCAUUUUCCAGGGAGAGCCACCUUGUACAUACAUGUCGCAAAAUUGAAUGAGUUUGAACACCACUCAUGGUUUGGAAGCUGUUGAACUCUUUGUGGCGUUUGCUAGACUUCUCCAAGUAAUAAUACACUUGGAUCAGCAAGUCUUCUGGAGCAAAUGGGAGCUCUUGUGCCCCCUUCACAGCUGCCAAAUGCAGUCUAUGGCACAGGCACAGAGAUGCCAACUUUUGGAAAUCAGAAGGGAGGAUUUGCAACCGACACCAAAUUAUGUGCGCGUAGCGCACAUCUCGAGCGCUCGACCCUUGCGGCCGGGGUUUCUAGAUGCUCUCUGGUGCAAUCUGACCCUUAUUUUGGAGCAUUUCACAUGUUUUUAAAGAAACAUUGUUCCCACUUUUUU